UUGGCGUCUUAACAUGGAAGCUCUUGGGUGACGAAAAUUCGUUUGAGUUUUUUCUUUUGAGUUUUAUUCAUAAAGAUUUAAAAAGCAGAGCCUAUAUCGGUGUGAAAGCUUUAGCUGUAUUAUACUGUGGACGCAAAUAAAAGGAAAAGGUUCUCUAAGCAAGUCUAUGAAGUAGCGUCUCGAUUGAUAAAGAUGACUAUGGAGCUUUUUAUGUGUUUAUUUACACUCUUGAUUCAGCACCACGUACAGAAAACACGAGCCUGUGAUGGUGUGUACACCUCACCCAGUGGCUCCAUCUCGUCCCCGCUGUACCCCAGUCAGUACCCGCCUAAUGAAGACUGUACCUACAUCAUCAGCACAACACAGGGCCAUCGUAUUACCUUGACAUUUGUUACAUUUGACAUUGGUGAUGGAACCGAUGACUGCGAGUUGGACUAUUUGGAGAUCCGGGAUGGAAGCUCCGAGCUGUCACCGUCUAUGGGUGUCUUCUGUAACACGAGAGUUCCGGACAGAGUGAGGUCCACGUCUAACACCAUGUGGAUCAGAUUUAUUUCUGACUCAUCAGUGUCAGGCACUGGCUUCAAUGCAACUUACUCAUCAGCAAUCAUUCCACAGAAGUUUCUCCUUGUCACUGACACUCAUAACGGCAUCCAUCGCAUAGACAUCGACACGGGAAGUAAUGUUACAAUCCGUCCCAUUGGUCUACAGGACCCAUUGGGUAUUGACUACGAUCCAGUAGACGGUCGUGUCUAUUGGUCAGAUAUAGAGGACGAGACCAUUCGAUCCGCUAACCUUGAUGGCAGCGAUGCUCGGCUGGUUCGCAAUAUUAUUCAUGGAGGUUCUCUAUGGGGCCUUUCUGUGGACUCUGUGUCGAGGCUACUGUUCUACACCAACGACGGCAACAAAGUCAUCGGAAUGAUAUCACUGGACACCAACAGUCAUCAUAUUGUCGUCGAUUCAGACAUUGGUCAGCCUAUCGACAUCGAACUGGACAAACACAAUGGUGUCAUCUACUGGAGUGACCAUGUCAGGAGUACCAUAGAGAAGUGUAACUAUGACGGCUCGGACCGUGAGACACUGGUUUUCGCAUCUUCGCAUCUUAAAGGUCCUACUGGUCUUGCUUUGGACACAGAAGGGAGGAGACUUUACUGGGCAACUGCAGACACACAGCUGAUAGGAUGGACGGAUGUGGACAGCAAACGUUCUGAAGUUUAUAUUAAACUAGAGAAAUCAUACUUUACGGGCCUGGAAAUCUACCAAAAUGAGUUGUUUGUCACGGACUGGGGAGCUAAAAAGCAUCUGUCAAAAACAACACACAUCUAUCGCAUUGGCAAGAACGGAACAAUGAGGUCCAUUGUACAAGUUAAUGGCAGAGUAAACGAUGUUCGUGUCUAUGCCGAGAAGAGUUCACAUAAAACAUCUACCCCACCAGCACCAACAAGCGAUCACACGAUAAGAAAUGAAAGUACAGACUCUGAUGGCGCUGAGACUUUAAACAUCAUUUUGGUCGGUGUCAUCGUUGGCUUGGUAGUAACUGUUGGUAUCGCCACUCUCAUCGUUUUCAUCAAAAAAGGGAAAUUCACCUCAUCGGAUUCUUUACUAUGAUGCAAACUGGCUUCGUGAGGAAAAAGUCGUCAGGAAAAAGUUUAGGAGAACCAUUUAAUAAGGACCGCUUUUUCGUGGACCAGACUGAAGUGGAUUAUUUCCUAGUAAUUAUCCUAAUAAUGAGCAUUUGACAGUGAUGUGUGACAUUGCUUGGGUGCUUAAAGCACAUUUUAAGUUUUGUUCAUUUUCUGUCUAUCAAGAUUUUAUCUGUAUUUGGUACCUGCUGUGUAGUAUAUCAAAUAGGGAAUACAUUUCAGGAUUUUAAUUGGAUAUAGUGGGCUCUUGAUCACAUUGUCUUUAUUGUUAUGCAGAAAAGCAGCAUUAUUGACAUUGCACGACUGAAGUUCCUGCUGCCAAUAUUUCAUACCUAUGGCAAUAAAAUGUCUCGUCAGGUGAGAAAAUGUCCGUGUUCAUUUUAGGGUUUAUGUCAGUUUGACAUACAAGUACAAAAGUUGAUAUUGACAAGAGAAGUAAAGUUUAUAUUUUAAAUUAUAGGUAUAUUUCAGUGAAACAUUAAAUCUAGUCAAAUAUACACCCCUUUACUAAAAAUUACUGCAACAAAAAAGUACAAAUGUCAAUUUGGAGCAGCUGACUAUAACUAUGUGACUGUAAAUAUGUGUAUGUAUAGUACGUGCACAUAGAUGCAUCUGUGUGUAUGUGUUACUAUGUGUGUGUAUGUAUCUUCGUGUAGUGUAACUAGGUGUGUAUAUCUGUGUAUUUUAUUAUAUGUAUGUAUAUGUGUGUGUAGGUGUAUUUGUUGUCUAACCUAUGGGGUCUAGGCAGGUGUGAUGGGCAGAGCCUUGUAGUCAGGGCUUUACUACACUCUUGACUACUCCGCGAUCCACGCCGACUUAAUCAUGUUCGCAGUGCACAUCAGUAAAUUCUCUAAUUAACGUUAAUUAACGCUUAUUUCGAGCUCCCAGCGCAAACCCUUGAAACAACACAACGCAAUUUUAGUGAAAGAAAAAAAAAUUAUUAUGUCACAAGAUCCAAAAUGCCGAGAGCUUACAAAUUAAUGAAGGAAUGAAAGGAACAUGCAAACGAACUAAUUCCCUAUCUUGACUAGUUAUCUAAGGUGUCCCGUUAAUACUAUU